ACGCGCGAAGCCGUUUUUAUCGCGCGAAAACUGUCGCUGUCACGUUUCACGUCAUAAUAAAAAGCGAAACAGCGAUAGUUGUUCGCGCGAUAAAAAUGGCGUCCAGCGUGCCAUGCUACGGAGACAGGAUUAUGAUCAAAAAAGCGCAUCUCGUGCUCAUCUCCGGAGAGGUGAGGAUGAAACUAGGAUUAACGCUAGGAGAGAACACUCACCUAUAUUUUUAUCAAACAGGUGACACAUGUUGCGUGAUCUAUAGCGUUGGUGGCUACAAGCAUUUACUAGAAAAAGCAAUCCCAGGCGUAUAUGUGGUGUCUAUUAAAAUCGGGAACACGACACUGGAUGAUCUCCGCAAUAGUUACUUCAUGAGUGCAAAUGCACAAGUGGAAUACGUCUGUAAGAUGUUAGGAGAAGACCCCAAGUUGAAGAAUGGAUUUAAUGCUAUUGGAUUCGCUCAAGGCGGUCUUUUGUUACGCGCAAUGGUACAGCGGUGUGGUCAUGAAAUUGGUCCUGUAAAGAACCUAAUCACCUUAGGUAGCCCGCACCAGGGCGUGUAUGGCAACCCUUAUUGUGGAGCCUUGCUGAUGACGUCAUGCCAUUACAUUAGAGAGCUGCUCAAACAAGCCGCUUAUCAAAGUUGGGUCCAGAGCGACUUAGUUCAAGCUACAUAUUGGCACGACCCACUUUACCAAGACUAUUACAAAAGGUCCAGCCAGUUUCUAUCAGAUAUCAAUAACGAGUUAUCUAUAAACCAGACCUAUAUUAACAAUCUAAAUAAACUGGACCAUUUUGUAAUGGUCAAGUUUGAGAAUGACAAUGUCACCCAGCCUAAGGAGAGCUCUUGGUUUGGUUUCUACAAGCCUGGGCAAGACAAAAUGCUGGAAACGCUACAGGAGUCUGAUCUUUACAAGCAGGACCGCCUGGGCCUCAAGAAGAUGAUGGAAAAUGAAAAGUUGGUCUUCCUUUCUGUUCCUGACAUUCAUUUAAAAUUAACACUAAAAUGGUUUAUGGACAAAAUAAUCUCAGUUUAUUUGACUUCAUUUAGCACGAUAAGCGUUUGAUCUGGCUUUUUUAAUUCGCAUUUGAUAGCCUCUUAUCGGUCAUUUUAGUGUGUUAAUUAGUUGACUUAAUGAUAAUAAACAUUGUUACAAAUUUAUAG